UGCGGCGCCGCGCCCGGACGGAGGAGGUCACCGAGCGGCGGCGGCGGCGCGGCCGCGGCUCCAGCUCCGGCUCCGGCUCCAGCAUGUGGCGGGUGUUGGCGCGGCGCGUGGUCCGAGCAGCGCCGGGGGCCGCCGGCCCCGCGCGGGGCUGCCGGGCGCUUGGCGGCGGCGCGGCGGCGGCGCGGCCGGGCCGGGGCCCAGCGCGGGGCGGCGGCAGGCUCGGCCCCGGCCCCGGCCCCGGCCCCGCGGCUCGGCCCGGGGGGCUGCUGCUGCCGCCCGCCUGGCCGCGGCUCGUCCCGCGCCGCUGCUGCAGCCUCCCGGCGCACCAGAAGGUGGCCCUGCCGGCGUUGUCCCCCACCAUGCAGAUGGGCACCAUCGCGCGCUGGGAGAAGAAGGAGGGCGACAAGAUCAGCGAAGGGGAGCUCAUAGCAGAGGUGGAGACAGACAAAGCCACAGUUGGCUUUGAGAGUGUGGAGGAAUGUUACUUAGCCAAGAUCCUGGUGCCAGAAGGAACAAGGGAUGUGCCUAUUGGGGCCAUAAUAUGUAUCACAGUUGAAAAGCCUGAACAUGUUGAUGCCUUUAAAAAUUACAUACUGGAUUCUGCAGCAUCUGCCCCCCCUGCAGCAGCAGUGCCUCCUCCUCCAGCUGCAGCUCCCUCGCCACCAUCUCAGCCUUCUCCUCAGGCGCCUGGCAGCUCUUACCCUCCUCAUAUGCAGGUCACUCUCCCUGCACUGUCACCUACGAUGACAAUGGGCACAGUGCAGAGGUGGGAGAAGAAGGUUGGGGAGAAACUGAAUGAAGGAGACUUACUGGCAGAAAUUGAGACAGAUAAAGCCACAAUAGGCUUUGAAGUGCAGGAAGAAGGGUAUUUGGCAAAAAUUUUAGUGCCUGAAGGAACAAGGGAUGUGCCACUAGGAACACCUCUCUGCAUCAUUGUGGAGAAAGAGUCUGAUAUUCCAGCCUUUGCUGACUACCGGGAGACUGGAGUAGUUGACUUGAAGCCACAAGCUGCUGUUCCCCCUCCUCCUCCACCAGUGAUGGCAACUCCUGCUGCUGCUCCUCCUCCGCAGCCUGCUGCUCCUCCCACUCCAGCUGUCGGGGCAGCUGUGCCUCCUCCCCAGAAAGGAAGGGUCCUAGUUAGUCCCCUGGCAAAGAAACUGGCAGCAGAAAAAGGAAUCAACCUCGCCCAGGUGAAAGGUACUGGACCAGAUGGUAGAAUCACCAAGAAAGAUGUGGAGUCAUUUGUGCCACCCAAAGUUGCUCCUGCCCCAGCAGUAGAGGCAGUACCUGCAGCUGCUGCAGUUGCAGCAGCACCAGUAGGGACCUUCACGGAUAUCCCUAUCAGCAACAUUCGGAGGGUCAUCGCUCAGCGGUUGAUGCAGUCCAAACAAACUAUACCUCACUACUACCUGUCUAUUGAUAUAAACAUGGGAAAAGUACUGGUGCUAAGAAAAGAACUCAAUCAGGAGGUCUCGGAUAAUAUUAAGCUUUCUGUUAAUGACUUCAUAAUUAAAGCUUCGGCUCUGGCGUGCUUGAAGGUGCCUGAGGCUAAUUCUUCAUGGAUGGACACAGUUAUUAGGCAAAAUCACGUUGUGGAUGUUAGUGUUGCAGUGAGUACUCCUGCAGGACUUAUAACCCCUAUUGUGUUUAAUGCACAUAUAAAGGGCCUGGCUUCCAUCAGUAAGGAUGUUGUUUCUUUGGCAACCAAAGCCCGAGAAGGUAAACUUCAGCCACACGAAUUCCAGGGUGGCACUUUCACAGUUUCCAAUUUAGGAAUGUAUGGGGUUAAGAAUUUCUCUGCCAUAAUCAAUCCACCUCAAGCCUGCAUUCUUGCAGUUGGUUCCUCAGAGAAAAGGCUGGUGCCAGCAGAUAAUGAGAAGGGAUUUGAUGUGGCUAGUGUGAUGUCCGUUACACUUAGUUGUGACCAUCGUGUUGUGGAUGGAGCAGUUGGAGCACAAUGGCUUGUUGAAUUCAAGAAUUUCCUUGAAAAGCCAGUAACGAUGCUUCUAUAAUCUAACCUUGCGAGCAAAAUUUUCCUGGGUCACACUGUUUUAUUCUAAACAAGCUAUUUAGACUUUAGUGUUCAGACUUAAGAGUUCUUUUUUUAUUUUAAAUAUGUAUUAUAUUAUCUGGUAAUCUUGUUACCAGUCUGUACAGAUAAAAUAGUUUGCAAAAAGGCUUUUCAAAGCAAUAUAGAGCUAUACUGUAUUUUUAUACAGUUAGUUAACUUGCAAACUCUUCCAAAACAGAGUUAAGCAUCCCAGAUUUAAAAAUUAUCCAAGCAGUGUGCAUACUGCCAUCUGUUUCUGAGUGACAGUGAACAGAGGGGUGCAUAUCAAGUAAUUUCAUGAUCUCUAUGUCCUUAAAUUUGAAUAUAAAUGUCUCUUCACAGGAGUUCAGAUGAGUUGGUAAAUGAAAUCUACAAGUUAGUAGAAGGUGAAUUCUCUUACUAGUCUGUUCUCCUGCUGGGGUGGGCAAGAACGACAGAUGCACUAAGGGACUGAAGGCCUUGGGAAUAGUUCCUAAAAGGCCAAGUGUCAGCAUUCCAAAUCUCUUGGAAUUUGGCACUGGUUCUGACUUUCCCAGCUACAUGAUCCCUUUUGAGCACUUUAACGUAAGGUGAAAGAACACUGACAUCUCUGAGGUCAGCGCUCUCAGAUACCACAGGAGGUGUGCUAUCUUCUUGUGGACUUUCGCUUAUAUGUGCUUUUACAUGAAAACUCUUUUGCUUUUUCUUUUGCUAAGUUAGUAUCAGAAUACGAUGCCAUGGAAAUAGCUGUUUUGGAGAAUGUUCAAGAGAAUCCGUGUGUUGGAACCCAUAUAGGCAAUCACACAUGUUAAUAAUCCCAUCAGUGGGAAGUAAUCAUGUGAUGACUUGAAUGUUUGAAAAAAAUUUUCUUUUUCAGGCAUUCUAAUGUAGGAAGCUCUGAGUUAGUUACUGGUACAGCAGUCCUGCAAAUUAUCUGUGUUGUCCCAGCCUCAAUAAGCUGCAGAAUGUGCUAUCCAUGUAUAUACUGUAUGUAAAAUGCUUAAAUAGUUCAUUGGACUUGUGUCCAGUUACCCCAGUCAUUGUAUCCUGAAAGGGGUACAGUGGUGAACAUUCUUAAAUUUCACUUUCCAAAUGGAAAUGUUAAGGUAAAAAGGAGAAUUGCAUAGUAAUUAUGAAGUGACUAGGAGAAUGAAAUAGGAGAGAGAAGUUUAAAACAAACAAACAAAAAAAAACCUCAAAAAAAAAAGCAGACCUGAUAUUCUGUAUAUUGCAUUAAGUACCAUCUCCUGUAAAGUUAUGGUACAAAAUUUGCUAAAGGUGUUGAAAGAAAAUACUGUGGGAAUUAAAUAUUUUUGUGGGAACUAUUUAAUGUCUGCUUGCAUUGAUACCUGGUUUUCAUGUCUGGCUUAAGCAAAAGAAGUGCUUUUUUAUUUUUAUGUUAUUUUAAAUGAUCUAAAAUAACUUGGUUCCAGACUUGCUCCAGUGAACCUGUGUGUUCUAUUAAACAUUUGGGAUUGACAAAUUACUAAAAUCGUUCUUCUGGUGCUUUGCUUUUCUGUAAUGUGUGUGGCUGUAAUGUGUGUUUACCUUUCCAGUCUGGUAGUGAAACUCACCUUAUUAACCUUACGUUGUAACCUCAAAUGUUCAAAAAUAACACAUGCUUAAGUAUUCUUGUGCUUGUACUACCAUGCAGCACUGAAUUUGAAUCAUCCUUGCUGCUAUGUUCACUAGUACCUCAAAUCCUGGUUAAAGGAAACCCUUGAACACUAAUCUAAGUGGUUUGUCCUAUGGAAGCACUUUCUGAAUGACAGUUAGAAUUAGGAUUUUUGGGGGCGGGCAGUAUGUUCCAAUUCCAUGUGUGUGUGCCUGGAGUGCUGACAGUGACUUCUGGUACUGCUUCCAGCCUGCAGCCUGCUGGCUCAGCUCACACAGUCACAGUACUUCAGCCUGGACUAGCAGCUAUAACCACUGAACAGGAUUUCAAUGCAGCCUUCUAAGCUUCUUUGAAAUGAAGAAGGGGGAAAGCUAGGAGUUGUUACUCCUUUGUAAGCCCCCUUUCAAAAUUACAGUUUUACAUCAACUUGUCUGAUUUGAUGAACAUCAUGGUGUAGUGCAAAUAUGGCACAGAAGGCCUAAGAACAAUGUAAUACCAAAUUGGCGAUGAAACUAAAAUGAUUUACCUUAUUGUAUGUCUCUUUCCUAAUGAAUGAUAUGAAUGUGUAUUAAGUCUUUGAAGGUAUUUUGUGCUGUUAAGUUUUGUGUAUUAGUGUAAACUCCUGCAGCUUGUUUUCCUAGUUGAAGUAUUCCAAGAUUGUUUUUGAUAGUAGCUUCACCCAUAAGUGUUCUUGACCCUUGAUUCUUCAUAUGCUGCUUUGAAUGGUAUAGAACAGGUCUGUUGUUUCAUAGUCUCUGUCUGAAAUUAGCAAACUGAUGAAAUGAGAGCAAGUAUAUUCAGUGACUGAAAAGACUAUGAAGCCUAUUACAGUUAAGAUUAGCAGGGACUGGUCUAAAAAGAACUGGAACAGGGUGUAGAAACAAGUUGUAGAACUGCACAUGAUGUAUCUCUGGUGGUUGUUCCAGCCUUAAACACAUGUGAGAGCUACUCUAGUCACACAAAUUCAGUAAUCAAAGAGCAUUUGUUUAAAGAAAAAUCAUCAACUGCUAUUGCUAUAUAUUAAGGCAAAACUGAAUGAUGUAGUAAAGCUUGUAUGCAUUUAAGUUUCUUAAAUAUUACAGCUGUUAACAUAUUCAAGUA